CAAGUUUUUCGUUUGUCCCGUUUAAGGCACGGUUUCACUUCAGUUUAGUCAAAAAUCAGGGAAUUUUAGCUUACUCAAAAGAUUAGCAGCUAAAUAUUGGCAGAUGUGUGUUUUGUGCCUUGUUUUGAACAAGGAAAAUACACUUUGUCGCACUCUUUUUUGGGUUUUUUUGUUUUUGGACCCUCUAGGUUACCGUACCGGGAUUCGGCAGUGUGACUCCAGACGGGCGGUGCAACAGUGUUGGUAGAAAUACUGCAACUUUAGCCCGAGCCGAACUCAUAAUAUCUGAAAAAUGAUCUCCUCUGACGUGAAGAUCAUCACUGUAAUCGGCAGUGGGCUGAUAGGCCGCUCCUGGGCUAUGUUGUUCGCCAGUGGAGGCUACAGUGUGAAAGUCUAUGACAACCAGCCAGGACAAGCUGCUAAGGCCUUCACAGAGAUCAGGAAGCAGCUGGAGGAGCUGGAGGAAGCCCACAUGCUUAGAGGAGAGCUGACUGCCGCGCAGCAGCUCGCUCUGCUCAGCAGCUACGAUGACCUGGCUCAGGCCCUAGAGGGAGCCUUCUUUGUUCAGGAGUGUGUAUUUGAGCAACUUGAGGUCAAACAGAGCAUCUUCCAGGACAUAGAGCGUCUUGUGGGAAAAGAUGUGAUCCUGAGCAGCUCCACCUCCUGUCUGGUGCCAAGCGACGUCUUCUCUAAAGUCCAGAACAGGAGUCGCUGCAUCGUCUCCCAUCCGGUAAACCCACCAUACUUUGUCAAACUGGUGGAGCUGGUACCUCACCCAGAGACUGCAGCGAUCACUAUGGACACCACCCAUGCUGUAAUGAUCAAGGUUGGCCAAGUGCCUGUCCAGCUGAAGAGGGAGAUCGAUGGCUUUGCCCUCAACCGAGUCCAGGCAGCCAUUAUCGCAGAAUCCUGGAGGCUGGUCCAGGACGGCGUCAUCUCGGUCAAGGACAUCGAUCUGGUGAUGUCAGAGGGGCUAGGAAUGCGUUACGCCUUCAUUGGUCCCAUGGAAACGAUACACCUCAAUGCACCUGAAGGUUUGGAGGACUAUAUGAAACGGUAUGGAGAGGGCAUAACGAGGGUCCUGACCUCCUUUGGGCCUGUACCAGACUUCUUCAGCGAGGGAGCCAAGAGCAUCGCGAAUGAAAUGUGCGAGCUGGUUCCCAGAGACCAGCAGCAUCUGUCGGCCAGGAGGGAGAGGAGGGACCAGCUCCUCAUGGGUCUGGCUAAGCUGAAGAAGGAUCACUGAAAACCCAUGCAGUGCUCAAAGCUAAUGAUUAUGAGUGCUGACUGAGAUGGACGGAUAGGAGUUAAAUGGAGGAAUUUGACAUAAAAGACACUAAAUGUACGAGACACAGGCACAAAUGUAUAUUAUACGGGAUAAUAAGAAUUAUAUCUGUGGAAGUAACCAAAAAUUGUUCAGCGAUUCUGUGGAUAAUUUUGGUACAUCGCUGCUGACAGUAACUGAGAACUGUGGCUGGCGAACCAUUAAGAAGCAGGGAUUCAUUUUUAAGCGUAUUUUUUUUCCAAAUUGACAGUACAUUUUUAUCUUUUUGUCUGCAACUUGGUUUCGAGACUAACAUUGUGGUAAUUAAGAGACUCAAUUAAAAAGCAGGUGCUACACACCACAUAAUGGAAGCUCUUUUU